GAACGAUCUUCUCUUUGUGGAUUAGGAGUCUGGACUACGAUGAAUGGCCAAAGCCCAGUAAUGGGUAUCGGGGAUAAACUGCGUCAAUCAAGCAAAGGCCAAUUAACUUACGCCCGGAAGUGGCCAGAAAAUGGGAAAGCCUUAACGGAAUUACUGGAUAAAUGGACAAGCCCUCCUCAGCUCCCCAAAAGGUUUAUGAAGUCCCCAAGUCCGACGAUUAGAGGAGAGAUUGCCAGAGCAAGAAAGCGAUCUGAUCAGAAUGAUCCUGGUUACAGCAUGCAGGAUGGUAUCAUUCAUAUGAAGACCUCAACGCCAAAGGUUGCCACAGGAAAUGUGCGGUCAACAGCAGAAAAUAGUCUAACCCUUUCAAAUAGCAGCUCAGCAGAUAGAAGGAUAGUGAUACUCAACCAGGAGAAAGACAACGACAGCUUAAAUCUGUCCCUAUCUCCAAACUAUGGAAGCACAGAACUGGCCAUUAAACAGUAUGAAAGCCUCUGGGAACAGAAGGCUCAGGAAGCCACAGAGCAGAGGAGGCGGCUGUUUGAAGAAGCGUCUCGUCGUCUCUUGUCAGACCAGCAGGAGGAACUCCUCAAGCUAGAGGUGGAUGAGCUGAAGAAAUGGGAAAACAUCCAGAGGAGCACAGCGGAUAAGAUCAAAGAACAAAAGCAAGAAAUUUCAAGAAAUUUACAAAGGCUGAAAGACCACCAUUUGAGUCGAAAAAAGUUCAUUGAUGGAGUCGUGAAAACUGUUGAGGGAAAGAAAGUUCAGUUGGAAGAAGAGGCCAAGCAGCAACAGUUGGAGACCCAGAAACGUUUCCAAACCUUAAUGAAGAUCUAUGGCCAGUUGACAAAGACCCAGGAGGAGCUCUCAAUGGCAUACAAGAUGUGUCAGUACAAAGAGUACCUGCCUGAACCUGCCAAGAAGUUUCAGGAUCUCCUGAGUCAGCUGAAACACAAGGCGGAGAGUAUCGUACAGCAGGCGCAGGCUCAGCAGGCGUCCGUGGAGCACAUCCAGAAGUUACACCUUGUGUUACAGCAGGCGCAGAAUGCACUUGAAUACCUGUCCCCAUUAGUGGAGCAAGCUAACAAGAAAGGAGAAAUGGAAAAACAGGAGAAAGAAAAACAAGCUGCUCAAGUUCAGCAACAGGAACAAGCACCUGCUACAACAACAACAGCUAGCACCAUAACCCCAGAGCCAGCUGUUCAGCCCGCACAAGCCAGAGAGAGGGGACCUUCACUAUCUGAAGAAGCACAGAUAGCUCCUGAGAAAGCUUUUGAAAAUUACAUCAGACUCCAAAAACAGCUGAAACAGGUGGAGACGUCGUUAGAAGAGCUGAGUAAAAACCCUCAGAUGAAGCAAUACAAGUUUGACCUGCAGAAGUCCGUGAAUACACCAGUCAACGCCAUCUCGCCGGUCAGCGGGGAACACCUUAGGGACAAGCUGUUGCGAUUGGUCAAGCUGCUCGGUGGUCAUUCUGUUGAGGUGGGAUCAAAAAGGAUCUCAGCCAAAGAUCAUCCACUUGGGAUUCUGUUCUGUAAGAAUCUGCUGGCCAGAAUGCUUGUGAAAAAAGCAGAUGAGCAGGUGUCCUCAAUACAUGAAUCAGCAUUCGCCAUUGCCAUGGUAACAGUGGGAGUGUGGGCGGAGCAUCCAGACCUAGGAGACCUUCUGUUGGCUCAUUUCCACGCAGCCUGUCCAUACCUGGUCCCGUACUAUGUGCCCCAGUUAGAGGGUCAAACUACAGAUCAACACUUACAGGCUCAGGGAUAUAAGUUUGUAAAUGGUGCUGUGGAGAAGCAGGACAAGUUCCUGAAGAGAAUGUCGGGUCUAAUGCGGUUGUACGCAGCUAUCAUGGUGUCAUGCUCACCCAGGAGUCAAUCAUCACAUCCGUACGGCAUCCAACAUGCCUGGACUUGGCUCACCAACAUAAUGAACAUGCGACCUCACCCUGACAUCACUGCCACCUUGAUCUUUGACCUUCUGGAGGUCACCGGGCAUGCUCUGCACCACACUUACAACAAACAGUUUCAAAAGUUGCUGCAUUAUCUACUAACUGUUUACAUGCCUAAGAUUCAGGAGGUUGUCAUGACUGGGGGGCCUGUUGCCAGGCUAAAGACUUUCCUAGAGUCGUGCAUCAAGACCGGGGGUCAAGUCCCGCCCCCUGAAGGGUUCCUCGAACAGAAAUUCUGGUACACAUGAACAAGAGAGAGAAGUUUGCCACUGCAUUAUAUGGUACACGUUGUUCAAAAUGAAUUCAAGUUUGUUAGCGAUAAUCAGGUCUGAUGAACCUGUUGAUCAGCUUCGGCUUGAAAAUGUAAUGAACAGAUGCAGAAAAUGAAUGUCUUGUUCCAUAAUUAGCCUUAAAAGCUUUCUGCCCACACUACUGAGCGAAAUGUGUUAAUAUCUUUGCAGUAGUACUCAUGUUCAUUAAGAAAAGAAUGGGUGCAGAUUCUAUUGUGUACUGUAUAUUAUUGUACUGUAAAUCCUCAACUUCAAGCCUUCAGUUUUUACAGCCACUGACAUGACUAAAACACUUUUUUUGAGUGGAAUUGAAGCAAUCAAUUAUUAUCAGAAUUAUGCUUAAAAAUUAUUUGCUUGAAUCACUACGGAGACAAGCUUCAUAAAACUGUACAAAUCGGUUCUCUACACCAAAUGGUUCUCUCAGAAUGUUUCAAAAUAUUAGUUGCAGAGGUGAUUGAAAAGGUGAAAGAAUUGGGGUAAAGCAAUGCUGAAUAUUGUUCACAAUGGUUGUUAGCAUUGGAUGUAAGCAGAAGUUCAUGUACAUAGAGAGAAGUUUGCCACUGCAUUAUAUGGUACACAUUGUUCUUGCGUCUGUGCUCCCGCUGGUCUGAUGUUGCGAAAAGCAUGCAGUUAUGUAAUACAGAGGAAUUAUGGGAAAUGAUCUGUAGUGUGCAUGCCUGCAAUCAUCAAGUACUGUCAGUUUCACCAGAUUGCAUUGUGACGCGUUCGUCACAAAAUAAAUAGAAAUGUCAGAUGGGGCAUUGUUGUGAGUGUAUGCACCAAUCAACGUGGGGUGGGAGUACCUAGAUGGGGACAUCAUAUAAAGACAGCGUUGCACACUUCUCUCCGUUUAUGUACUUCUGAUGUAGAUAAUUGAAUGAAUUCACAGGACUCUUCUACAUACGAAUUGUCUCCAUAAUUUAUCUGAAAUAAUGCCAAUGUGGUGUUAAGCUGUAGUUGCCGUAUUUGACUUGAAACCCUAUUGUGAGUUUUAUUGAAGUUUGAAAGGUGUACUAUAGCUUCAUUUGAACGUAUAAUGAUAUGCAAGUUUCAAAUACAUCAUUCUGGCUCAGUUGGUUAGCGCGCUAGGGGAGCGUAAUGACCCAGGAGUCUCUCACCAAUGCGGCCACUGUGAGUUCAAGUCCAGCUUAUGCUGGCUUCUUCUCUGGUCGUACGUGGGAAGGUCUGCCAGCAACCUGUGGAUGGUCGUGGGUUUCCCCUGGGCUCUGCCCGGUUUCCACCCG